AUGGGCAACGACAUCGAGACCGUCCGGUCGCGCAUCAGCGAGGAUGCUGGAUCCCUCAAGCAGCCCACGUCGGUGGGUAGGGGGGAGCUCGCGGACAUGAUCCCCCCUCACGAGUCCUACGAAGGAAAGCACCGUUUCGACCCUACCGCUUCGUGGACGAUCGAGGAGGAGCGCCGUGUGGUUUGGAAGACGGAUCUCAAGCUGCUUCCCUGGCUGUGUCUCAUGAUGUUCGGUCUUCAGCUCGACCGCGGCAACCUGUCCAACGCGCUCGCGGACAACCUGCUCAAGGACCUGCACCUCACCACCGACGACUACAACAACGGAACGACGAUCCAGCUCGUCUGUUUCCUGGUCGCCGAGUUCCCCGUCCAGUUCCUCACCAAGCGUUUCGGCUUCAAGUGGGUGCUGCCCACCAUGAUGAUGGGCUGGUCGACUGUCUCGUGGGCUCAGGCGUGGAUGCACGACCGCACGUCCUUCUACCUGGGCCGCGCCUUCAUCGGAGCGUGCGAAGGCGGCUUCAUCCCCGGCGUCAUCCUGUUUGCGACCUACUUCUACAAGUCCAAGGAGCUGGCGGUGCGCCUCGCCGUCUUCUGGUCCACGCUCAACGUCGCGCGUGUCAUCUCGGCACUGCUGGCGGCGGGGAUACUCGAGAUGCGCGGCAUUGGCGGGAAGCCGGGCUGGUUCUGGCUGUUCCUGCUCGAGGGUCUCUUGACGGGCGUCAUCGCGUUCAUCUCGUUCCUGUACCUCCCCAGCUCGCCCACCGACACCAAGAACGUGCUCUGGCGCAACGGCUUCUACACGGAGCGCGAGGAGGUCAUCAUGGUGAACCGCAUCCUGCGCGACGACCCGGCCAAGGGCCUCACGGCCAUCAAGGAGCCCGCCACCUUCCGCGACAUCUGGGAAGCGUGGAAGGACCCAGCCAUGUGGGGACUCUACUUCAUCGGCCUCAUCGCCUACAUCCCCGCCUCACCCGUUCAAGGCUACCUGACCCUCACCCUCAAGCGCCUGGGCUUCUCCACCUUCAACUCCAACAUGCUGACCAUACCGUCCGCGGUCCUGCAAAUCAUCACCAUGCUCGCUCUCGCAUACAGCUCCGACUACUUCAACGAGCGCACGCUGCACAUCAUGUUCGGCGAGUUCUGGAUCCUGCCCCUGCUCAUCGCGCUCCUCACCAUCCCCGACGGCGGCCGCGAAUGGGGCCGCUUCACACUCAUCACCCUCGUCAGCGGCUACCCCUACUUCCACCCCCUCGUCUCCUCGUGGAUCUCGGAAAACACCUUCGACGUGAAGAAGCGGGCCAUCACGGCCGCGACCUACAACGUAAUCGUGCAGGUGGGAAGUUUGAUCAGCUCGCAAAUCUACCGCAAGUGGGACGGCCCCUACUACAAGACGGGCAACAGCGUGCUCGUCGCCUUCUGCGCGCUGUCGCUUGUUGUUAUGCUGCUGCAGCGCCAGAUGCUGGUUAGCUUGAAUCGCAAGAAGGAGGCCAAGUGGCGGGAGAUGACGGCCGAGGAGAAGGCGCUGUAUCAGUCGGAUGUUGGCGCGAGAGAGAGGGAGGGGAACCGGAGAUUGGAUUUUCGGUUCGCCAUUUGA